UCUACAUUGUUAAGCUCUUGGUUUUUCCGUCUAGGACACCUCAAAGGAAUCGUGGGUCAAUCUCAUAAGGAGCUAGUUUUUGGACUGUUCCCUAGUGCAGGCUACUGAGCAUAUUUCUCUAGUAGUUUUCUUCAUUGAAAUUUCUCUUCUAUUAAUCACUUCCUUAAAUUUCCUAUGGAUCCUGCACUCAGGUCUGAGACCAUUUCCAAUGAAUUUAAGGAAAAUAGGGAGAAAGAGACAUGGCGGCGUACUAUCCUUUUGUCAUUUCAAAGUCUUGGAAUAGUAUAUGGUCGUUUGAGCACAGCACCCUUGUACGUUUUUGGAUCAAUUCUUCCAGAUGAUCUCAAAUCUGAUAAGGAGAUACACGAACUCUAUUCCUUCAUUUUCUGGACUUUAACCCUGAUUUCCUUGCUGAAAUAUGCGUUUAUAGUUCUGAGUGCUGAUGAUGACGGAGAAGGUGGUACAUUUCCAUUGUACUCGUUACUCUGCAGGCAUGCUAAAAUGGGACUGCUUCCAAAUGAUAGAAGUGCAAGUGAAAUUAUACAACAUGACCGAGGAAGUCCCAGGAUUAAGGUACCCUCAACAACAAGGAAAUGCAUUGAAAAAUAUAAAACCGGUCACUAUUUUCUGCUUUUUCUGGCUUUAUUUGGCUGUUGCAUGAUUAUAAGUGAUGGAGUGCUCACCCCUUCUGUUUCUGUAUUGUCUGCAACAUCCACCUUUGGAAGAUCAAUGAUAAAGUUGUCUCAUCGGUUGAUCUCUUCCCAAAAAAUCAGAGAACACUUGGACGAGGUUUUAACCAGAUUACCGGUACCAAUGGCAUGUGCUAUACUGGUCUGCCUCUUCACCUUGCAACACUAUGGGACCCAAAAAAUCAGCUUCGUUUUUGCUCCAAUUGUUAUUAUCUGGCUGACCUUCAUCAGUGGUAUUGGUCUCUACAAUAUCGCUCAAAAUCACAAAAUCCUCUAUGCCAUUUCCCCAACAUACAUGCUCAGGUUCCUUAAGAAAGUUGAUAUCAUAAGUUGGAAAGCAUUGGGGAGUAUCAUCUUAUGUACAGCAGGAUCAGAGGUGAUGUUUGCAAAUUUAGGUCACUUCUCAAAGAGAUCUCUAAAGGUUACAUUUGUCUGCUUGAUUUAUCCCGCACUCAUUGUCUGUUAUGCUGGUCAAGCUGCAUUCAUCUCCAGAUACUUGGGCACUAAGGAUGACAAUGUUAAUCUUAGCGAAUCAAUACCCAAUAAAAAUCUGCAUCAUGCUUUUGCGGUAUUAUCAGUAUUUGCUUCAGCCGUAGGAAGCCAAGCAACUAUUACUGCCAGUUUUUCCAUCGUAAACCAGUGCCAAGCACUCGGUUGUUUUCCCAGAGUUAAAGUUGUCCAUACAUCAGAUAAGAUUCGCGGGCAGGUUUAUGUACCAGAUGUUAACUGGUUAUUUAUGACCCUCUCAAUAGGAAUAACUGUUGGUUUCCGUGACAUAGCACCAAUUGGGAAGGCAACAGGUUUAGCUAUCAUUUCUGGGAUGCUUGUAACAACUUGUUUAAUGUCACUUGUGAUUGCUUUAUCCUGGGAGAAGAGUUUGUUCAUUGCUGCUUGCUUUAUGUUAUUCUUCGGCUCACUGGAGGCAACAUACUUAUCAUCUUGCUUGUUGAACUUCCCAAGGGGAGCAUGGUUUAUGACUGUCCUAUUAUUACUUUUCUUAACAACCAUGGUUUCCUGGUACUAUGGCACUGUGAAAAAAUAUCAGUUUGAUGUUGAGAACAAGGUUUCAGUGGAAUGGCUAACAGAUCUUAGCCCUGGUCUGGGGAUUUCUAGAGUACCUGGCAUUGGCUUCAUAUACACUGAUAUUUCAUCUGGAAUCCCAGCUUUCUUCUCCCAUUUCAUUACAAAUCUUCCUGCAUUUCACCAAGUACUCAUAUUUGUAUCUUUCAAGUCCUUGCCAGUCCCCUACAUUUCUGAGGAUCAACGAUACCUUAUAGGCCGGGUUGGACCUAAAGAAUACAAGAUUUAUCGUUGUGUUGUUCUCCAUGGAUAUCGUGACCAUACAAGGGACAGCGAUGAUUUUGAGGAUCAUAUAAUCAGUUCAAUAGGAGAAUUCAUUGCCAGGGAGGAACGUGAUUAUGAAUCCCUCUCUUCACCAGAAAGAAUGAUGGUCUUGGGAAGAUCAAUGGGAGAUGGAAAUGCAUUGAUUCCUCUUACUGCAGAUAGUUCAGACAACAGUCAUCCAACCUUGACUCAAAGGAGCCAUUCAGAUGAUCCAGCAGAGCUUGGUUUUGCGGCCGUCAGGAGAAAAAGGGUUCGAUUUAUGCUGCCCAAGAAUAGUCCUGAAAUGAGUGUUUCAGUAAGGAAGGAGCUACAAGAACUCGUUGAUGCAAGGGAAAGUGGCACUGCCUAUUUCUUGGGUCAAUCCCACUUGUCAUUGCGAAGGGGCUCAAAUUUGUUGAAGAAAUUGCUCAUCAUGGUAUAUGUAUUUCUUAACAAAAAUGCUAGGGAGCCUCCGGUUGCCCUGAACAUUCCACAUGCUGCUCUUUUGGAGGUUGGUACGGUUUAUACAAUAUGAUAAACCAUUUGACUGUUGAGAAUACCAAUAGCAAAAACCUUCCCCUCCUUUGUAUACAUGACUCAUCCUAAAAGUUGAAUCAUUGUCACAACAUAUACCAGCAAAUAAUUCAAAA